GAACACAGGACAAGCAGGAACAUAAUUGUGUAACAUUCGCAUUGGACAAAUAAUGCAAAUGGAGGAGAAUCCUUCUUUCUUGGGUGAUGGGAACACAUUUCAACAUUGUCAACCAUGAGGGGCCCAACCUUGGCAAAGCAUCCGAAGCACCAUUAUUGCAGGACACAAGCAUCAGCUUCACGAACACACAGCAAGAAGAAGAAGAACAACAAAUACAACAAUGUCUGAAUUCUCCAUCUCCAACAACUUCUUCCGCUUCUGCUUCUUCCUCCUCUCUCACCCUCUCUACUUCUCCUACUUCGUCUUCUUCUUCCCUUACCUUCUCAAGCUUCUCUCAUUUCUCUCUCCCCUCUUCGUCACCACCUUCCUCCUCCUCUCCGCCUUCCUCACUCUCGCCGCAUUCUCUUCCUCCGAUCGUCAAUCGCCGGAUUCCAAGAUGGGGCUUCUUGCCACCACUUAUCAGAUUGUUUUCGACGGUUUGCGCCCUAGAACACCCGACGAAGUCGACGAGUUUCGCUUUCGCCCUCUGGAGGAGGAGCUUGAGGCUUAUAACAUCGUGUUCGAGACGUAUACUUUUGGAAUUGGAACUGAGGCUGAGGAGAAUCCGUACGGUGGCGGUCACGCUGAUGUUCCGGAGGUGGAGGUGAAAGUCGAUUGCGAAGAACCGGUGGUGAAUUUUCCCGAGACGAUCAAGAUUCUCCCGGAAAAUCCCGUGCCCUACGAGAAAACGGAAGAGAAGGAGAUUAUCGAAGAUUUGAGAAAGGAACUGAGGGAAGAUUCGGGGGAAAACGAGGAAAUGAUCGGAAAACAACCGACGGAUCAAGAUUCGUCGAUUUCGUCAAGAUCGGAAUCGAGUCCGUGGAGUUCGCCGGGGAGUUUCGGAAGAGAGUACAGUUCGCUGGGAAGCUACGGAUCGAUGAGGAAGGAGAAGGAAUGGAGAAGAACGCUGGCGUGUAAGCUGUUCGAAGAGCGGCACAACGCGGAGGGAAGCGAGGGGAUGGAUUCACUGUGGGAGACAUACGAGAAGAGCGAAUCGAAGCAAUCGCAGAAAACAGAGAAUCAGAAACAGAAACAGAAACUCAGUAAGGCGAAAAGAGGGAAGAAAUUUCAGGAGGAAGAAGAUGAAGAUGGAGAUGAGGGCCAACUCUGCUGCUUACAGGCGCUGAAAUUCUCGGCGGGGAAGAUGAAUUUGGGGAUGGGGAGGCCGAAUCUGGUGAAGAUGUCGAAAGCUUUUAAGGGAUUUGGAUGGCUGAACAGACAUGGCAGUAGAAAGGCUUUGAUCCAUUGAACCAUUGUUUCUUCUUGUUCUUGAUUCUACACUGUUAAUGGCGGCUUCUUCUUCUUCUUCUUCUUCUUCUUCUUCUUCUUCUUCUCUGGUUCUCUCUUUGAUUCAAUCUACUAUUCAAAUAGUGAAGGUAAAUAGUUUUGUUUAAUCUUUGAAUGGUUGCUAAUUGGAGAUCUAACAGUUCUAAUUUUGUUUGUCAA